CAGAUUUUUAGAUGCCUGAAAGAUCACAACAGCUUUUGAGGGAUUUUGAGGAUUAAAGAGGUUUGGAAGUUGCUAUGUUAAUGCUGUUUGUUUUUGGAGUAUUGCUUCAUGAAGUUCCACUGAGUGGUCAAGAUGAGACUCCCCCCAAAGUCCAAGGCAGUGCAGAUGCACCUCUGUUUGACUACACCAGCAUCCACUUGCCAGAAGAACACAUCCCUUUCUUUCUGCACAAUAAUGGACACAUUGCCACCAUCUGCAAAAAGGACGCACAGUGUCCUUAUAAGAAACACUUAGAAAAUCUAAAGUACUGCUGGGGAUAUGAAAAAUCCUGUCAACCAGAGUUCAGAUUUGGUUACCCUGUUUGCAACUAUGUGGACAUGGGAUGGACAGACACCCUGGAGUCAGCACAAGAUAUCUUUUGGAGGCAGGCUGAUUUCGGCUAUGCUGGCGAGCGGCUAGAGGAGUUACAUGUGCUUUGCCACCCGAAGGAAACGAGUGACUCGAGUCUGGUAUGUUCCCGUUUUCUUCAGUACUGCAGAGCAGUCAAUCUCUACCUUGAUUUUACAAACAUCAAGAGAAAUCAUGACAGAUUUAAGGAAGGCUUUUUCCAGAGUGGGGAGAUUGGAGGAUACUGUAAACUAGACAGUCAUACUUUGAUGUCUGAAGGUCAGCGCAAAAGCCCACUGCAGUCUUGGUUUGCUGAGCUACAAAGCUAUACUCAGCUCAACUUCAGACCCAUAGAAGACACUAGAUGUGACAUGGUUAUUGAAAAACCAACCUACUUCAUGAAAUUAGAUGCAGGUGUUAACAUGUAUCAUCACUUCUGCGAUUUCAUCAAUCUCUAUAUUACUCAGCAUGUUAAUAAUUCAUUCAAUACUGAUGUGUACAUCGUGAUGUGGGAUACUAGCUCCUAUGGAUAUGGUGACUUGUUCUCAGAAACAUGGAAAGCAUUUACAGAUUAUGAUGUUAUCCACCUGAAGGCUUAUGAUUCCAAACGGGUAUGCUUUAAAGAAGCUAUUUUUUCAUUACUCCCCCGAAUGAGAUAUGGGCUAUUCUAUAACACUCCUUUGAUAACUGGCUGUCAAAAUACUGGAUUAUUCAGGGCCUUUUCUCAGCAUGUCCUACACAGACUGAAUAUCACACGGGAAGGACCCAUGGAUGGAAAAAUUCGAGUUACCAUUCUUGCAAGGAGCACAGAAUACCGGAAAAUAUUAAACCAAAAUGAGCUUGUAAAUGCACUGAAAACGGUAUCUGUAUUUGAAGUCCGGAUUGUAGAUUACAAAUAUAAGGAACUUGGAUUUUUGGAUCAACUCCGCAUCACUCAUAACACAGACAUAUUUAUUGGGAUGCAUGGAGCUGGACUUACCCACUUACUUUUUCUCCCAGACUGGGCUGCUGUUUUUGAACUGUACAACUGUGAAGAUGAACGCUGUUAUUUAGACCUGGCCAGGCUGAGAGGUGUCCACUACAUCACUUGGCGGAAGCAAAACAAAGUCUUUCCUCAAGAUAAGGGCCACCACCCCACUCUGGGGGAGCACCCCAAGUUUACCAACUACUCUUUUGAUGUAGAAGAAUUUAUGUACCUUGUCCUCCAGGCUGCAGACUAUGUAUCUCAACACCCAAAGUGGCCAUUUAAGAAAAAACACGAUGAACUGUAAAUAACUUUAGCUUGUUUACAAAGAGGGGUGUUUAAGUGUUUUAUCAC